AUGUCGACAACAAUCCCAACCUACCGCUACCAAUACCGCCCUUCCUUCUCCCAACCCUCCGGCUUCGGCUUUAGUCUAUCUCCCCCAAGAAACACUUUCCUCCCCCACCACCACCUCGAAUCCCCCACCAACAUCUUCCUCCCAACUUCCGAUUCCUCAAAAGAUAAGCUUAUCAUCCGGCAAGUGGGUGGACCGGGGGAUAACCACGUCCAAUGGGUAUCCAGAUCCGACAUCAUUCCUUAUCCUGACUCAGCUAGUGACAAAGAGUUUCCCUCUUUUGCUACUGAUUCGGGUGAAAGUCGAGUUCGAGCUGGUAAUCAGAAAGUCAACAGUAGAGACAGCAAUGUGGCCAAUGACAAUGAGAAAUCCCGAACAAAGACAUCAAAAAGCUACACCUCCCCAAUCCACGGCAUCGUGCACACAGCAAACUGGGCCAACGACGUAGGCGAUCGACUCUGGUUGAGGAGCGAUCAACCCAUAAUCGAGGGGAGGAGGAGUGUCCCGGUGGUGAAUUUGGAUAAGGGUGUUAGUGGGGAGAUCUGUAUAUCCUCAGUAACCUGGCACCCCCAAAAACAAAAACGAGUUAAACUUUUCGGCAUCAACGCACUGUCCUCCAUCACUUUCAUCGGGGCAGAGUAUCGACAACGGCAACGACGUGGUGAUGGUGAACCCUUUCGCAUGUGUAUAACACAGGGGCAGAACGAAGGGAACGAAGAAGAAGGCAUCAUCGAAAUGAUCUCUCUAAAAGAGCUGGACUCGACGUGCUGCUUUGAGGACGUCAAGUUCAAGUCCACCAAGUCACUUCUACCUGAUCCUCAGCACAUCAAACCAAUUAUACCAAUAGGAGGGCAAAACGAAACACAUGGUAUCAUCACAUCAAGAAGUUCAACGAAAGGGCCUGUGGUUUUGGGGGAGGGUAACAGCAAAAGCAAAAGCAUGGAUGCUGCUGACGACGACGACGACGACGAUAACCUCCGCCAUGCCUCCUUCGCGAGCUCAACCAAGGGAAAAGUAGCUUUGGAUCUGGUAGCGCGGAGUUUAUCCAUUUUCAACUUCAAUGCUGCAAUGUUGGACUUGGCUGCGCUGUCUAAUCAGGGUAUGGGUAUGGAUUGGUUCAAUGGGAACACAGUAGAUGAACCGCCGGAGGCGUCGGAUGAGAGUGACGAGGAGGAUGAGGACGAGGAAGAGGAGAAGGUGUGGAGUGACUGUGAGUCACAGUACUCUGGAAGAGAGUCGGUGAUCGAAGAUGAGGUUGGGGAUCAGUAUGAGAGGAGUCGAGUAAAAGACAGCGGAGGAGGUGGUGAUGUAUAA